GAGAGAGAGAGAGAGAGAGAGAGAAAUGGAAAGUUUUGAUUUUGAUUUUGAUUUUGAUUGGGUCCGUGCGAGGGCGUGGCCGAUAUUUAAUGCUGUAAACUGUCUAUUAAUUAGGGUUCCUUAGUGGAGGAGUGUUGUGGAGCGAUAUACAUUUGUAUCUGUACAUAUUAAUUACAGAGAUAGAUAUAUAUGUGUGUAUGCAUAGAGAGAGAAAGAAGAAAGAGACAGUUGACCUUUUUAACUGGAUAUCUAGGGUUUAGAUUAGUUUAUUGCCCCUUAGUUUUUCUCUCUCUUGGGGAAAAAACUUGUUUCAUGCUCUCUCUUUCUGUCUCUCUCAAUUUCUCCUUUUUUUUUUUUGCUGUACAGCAAACUAAACGGCAUCCAUUUGGUGUUGUCGCCGGCUGAGCUUUGAUUAUCGUCUCUUUAAUUUGCUUUUGUAUUGUCUCUUUCUUUACUCCACACAGAGCUAAGUACGGAUUGGAUUGCCUGGUCUGAAGCAAAUUAGAGAAAAGGGGUGCCUGUUUAUGAUCAAACAGGCACGGUCUGUGAUUGUGGUGGAUGUUUGCUUCACAGUUGUUGAGAAUUCUCCAAACCCUCCCAACCGAUGUGAAUGCUGAACCCUGGUAAUGCUGCUUUCCUUCACCUCUUUUGGAAUACUGCUGUUUUUGAAAUUUGACAUUAGGGGUCUGCCCCUGGCAAAUCUGAUAUUCAAUUUUUUAAGGGCUUAAGUAUUCACCUUCUGACGAUCACACAGCUCGCCCCAUUAAGACGUUAGUUUCCUGAUAUUGAAUUUAAUGCUUGCACCAUAUCCUGUCUACAUUUAUUGCUCAGUUUAAUGUCAUGCAUACUCUUUCAAUAUACAUUGAUCCUUAACUAGUGAUUUUAUGCAUUUUAAGAGCUAAAUGAAUGCUUUUUUUUUAACUUCCAAACUUUGGACAUGGAUUGAGAAUUUAAUUGUACCUGCGGAUAACGGACCUGUGUUUUUUCAUUCAACUUUAGUCUCUAAGCAUGAUUCUAAACCGUUUGAAUAUUACGACAAUGCUUUUUAUAUAGUUGAACCAAAGGGAACCAUGAAGGAAAAUCAGAAUGGAAUAUUGUACCAUUCAAAUGGCUAUGGAAGGGAUGUUGAUAUGUUAGCAUCGGAGAGGAAGGAUAAAGAUGAAUUCUGGAAAACUCGAGAUCUUAAGUGCUCUGUGGCUGUGGAUGAUUUUGCUUACAGUGAUGACAAAAUCAGAGAUUCCCAAUUGAAAGAAAAUCAGAGUGGUAUUUUGUGUCAAUCAAAUGACUGCGGGAGGGAUGAAGAUUCAUUAGCAUGUGACACAAACAACAGGGAUGAAUUAUGGAGUACUACAAAACUUGAAUCCUCUGUUGUAGAUGAUUUGACCAAUGGAAAUGAAAAGGAAAAUAAUGAUUCAGUGGCACCGUGUAGCAUUCAUUUGGAGUUAUUUCAGAAGGUCACAGAUUUAGUAUCAGAGACAAACGAACGAGAGGAAUUGUGGAGUACUCCAGAACUUGAAUGCACUGUUGUUGUGGAUGAUUUCACCAAUGGUAAUGAAAAUGAAUAUAGUGAUUCUGUGGCACCGUGUAGCAUUCAUUCACAAUCAUUUGACAAGGACACAGAUUUAUAUACGGACAAAAAUGUAAUGGAAUGUGAUCUGCCGGAGUUGAUAGUUUGUUACAGAGAGAGCACUUAUCAAAUUGUCAAGGACAUUUGCAUUGAUGAAGGGGUGUUUUGUGAGGACAAGAUCUUGACUGAAAAUAGUGAGGUUGAUCAGAAAGGUCUUCACACCUCCCUGCCUUGUGAUGAAAAUAAACAAACUGCUGAGGUCAGAGAAAGCGCUGAUAUAGGGUUGCUUGUUCCAAAUGGAUUGACAUCUUCAUCAGAAAAGGAUUGUGAUGACAAUUCUGCCAAAGAUAGUUGGACGAAAGAAAAAAGGGAUACUGAAUUGUUCAUUCCAGAUGAGUUGAAAUCUUCGUCAGAAGAUGGUAUAGACAUGGAUGCUGCUAAGGAAUGUGGUCCAGGGGAUUCAAUUCAAAUCGGUGAAGCAGAUAGUAAUGCAACUGACAAGUUCAGGGAUGAUGCAUCGAGAGAGGAAUUUUUUUCCAGUGGCAUGCUUCCCCAGCUAGAGUUUGCUUCACAGAAAUCUCUAAAGUCACUCCUCGAAUCUUCUGAUAAUGAUGGCAAUGAAGUUAAACAACAUUCUGCACAGAUUUCAUGUGCUGAAGCAGUCUUAGACAGCCCUGUCAUGGCAUCAGCAGCUGAAGACUUGGACAAGAAUGAUUCAGCUGACAACUUAUCUUACAACAGCAAGGUGGACAGUGGAAUCAUUACCUUGUAUUUCGACUCUUCUAAAUCUGCUGCAAGUGGCAGAGAUGAGAAUCCAGAAAAUGUUCAUGAACAACCCUUCGAGUCACAAAUUUUGCACAAUCAUGAUGAUGGGGCUUCUGAUAAUCUUUCAAUUGCUAGCCAAGUUCAACGUGGUGGAGGAGAGUCAAGUUUCUCUACGGCUGGUCCAGUGUCGGGUCUGGUAACAUACUCUGGGUCGAUAGCAUUUUCAGGUAGCAUUUCUCUUCGAUCAGAUAGCAGCACAACCAGCACCCGGUCCUUCGCCUUCCCCAUACUACAGCCUGAAUGGAAUAGCAGUCCUGUAAGAAUGGCAAAAGCAGACCGGAGACGUUUUCGUAAAAAUACGGGCUGGAGGCAGGGCCUUCUGUGCUGUAGAUUCUAAAAUGCUUCUAUUCUAUCAUAGGUUCCUAGUUCAAAUAUACCAAUUAUCAACAUUUUACUUUAUAAUCAAUUGAUUAUCGUAAAUAUACAUCCCGAUUACCUCUUAGGCUUGGUGUGUCACUUGCAGUAGGUUCACAAGGUCAUACUUUGAGUUGUGAUCUAUAAUAGAUGUCAUAUAUCUGUUUCCAUCUUCAUCCACUUUGUCCAGGUAUCAUACAUAUCUUUCUUUCUAAUUCAUUGGCAUGUUCUUACAGACUGUUAGCUAACUUGCAAAAAAAUGUUCGUUGCCAAGCAAAAUCUAGUCGAGUAAUAAAGAUUUUUCUCAUUAUGCUCUGUAAGGUUUU